AUGUCUUUGGAAGGCAGUGAAUGCAAACUGGAAGAAAAACUCGAAAUGGAAUUCCCCAUUUCCUAUUCACCUAUCUCAGGUGAUGAAGACUCUCAAGCCUCGGGUGAGGGAAGCUCGCCGGCGGUGACACCGGAAAAAGAAUCGGCGGUAACGCCAGGAAAAAAGGCCCCAGCAAAAAAGUUUGCGGAAGUUGUAGGGCGCAAACAGAAAAACAUAAAUAUAGAAAACCUGGAUAAAUAUGAAGACCUUCUAAAAAAAGAAGGAAAUGAAAUUGCAGUUAAAAAAGAUGUGGAAAAAAAGGAAGAGAUUGAAAAGAAAAGAAUUAUUUACAAGACAUACAGCAUGACUACAAAAAGUAUACAAAAAGUGGAAGAGUGUAAAAUAGAGGAGUGCCUGAAGGCAAUCAGAAAAGAUAUCACAUAUAUAAACAGAGGAAGACGGUUCGGAACGGUAGAAGUGAGGUUCAGGACCGAAGAAAUAGCUAAGAGGCUAUCUACAGAACCUCAGAAAGCAGGAAACCUAGUCCUUCUACCCUUGUACAAAGGAAGAAGGACUUCAAAGAUAGUGAUGAGGAAUAUUCCCCCAGAGGCGGACGCCUCAUGCCUGGUGGCGGCAGUGAUGCUGGGCCUGAAGGAAAAAAUCAAUAUCCUCCAAGCUACAGUGGAGGAGGAGGGAUUUUGGCAGGGCCAGAUUAUCACAAUGGCAAUACAAGCGGAGGCCCAGACACUGGAAGAAAUACCAGAGGUGCUGAGGCUCGAUGAGGAGGAGAGAGUACUAGUAUUUGUAGAAGGAAGAAAACCGAGGUGCUUCGGCUGCGGAAAAAAGGGACACGUAAGAGCGGAGUGUCAACCUAAACCGCAGGUAGAAGCACCGUCGGAAAAAGAAGAAGCGGAGAAGAAAAAGAAAACAGAGGAAACCAAAGAGGUGGAAAAAGCUGCAAGUGGUGCAGAAAAGGAAAAAGAAAACGAAAAAGAGGAGGGGUGGUCUAAAGUUACCAAAAAAAAACGGAAAACUGAAACCACCCCUCAAGAAGAAGAAAACCUGAAGAAAAGAAAAGAGGUUACUUCUUCAUUUAUGGCCAUUAAGGCUACCAACAACAGACUUGUCAAUGUGUUGGCAGCCAUGGCCAAGGUGGAACGAAUAAGAAAAAUGAAAGACUUUAUCAUAUACAAAAUAGGCCGGAAGGACUACAGGAGGAUAAAAUCCGAAUUCUUCCAUGACGUGGGCCCUCUGAGACUGGACAUGUCUCCAUAUCUAUACGAGGGCCUACGUCGGACUCCCCCACGAGCCAAGGAAAAAAAUAAAAGUGAAGAAGAAGGCGAAACUGUCGAACAAGCCAAACUACUGAUAUAA